CCCACCCUCCCCCGUGUCCGCGUCCGUCAGUCCGUCCGUCCGUCCGUCAGUCCGCGCGUGAGGGAGGAGGCCCCGAGGCCGGAGGGAGCGAGGAGGAGGUAUGGACCCCCAGCCCCCUCCGCCAGCCCCAGGCGCCUCUCCUCGGGGUCGGGGCCGGGGCCGGGGCCGGGGCAGGGGCCGGGGCCGGGGCCGAGGCGGCGGAGCCGCUCCCAGGGCCCCCCUGCCCUGCCCCACCUGCGGCCGCCUCUUCCGCUUCCCCUACUACCUGUCCCGCCACCGGCUCAGCCACUCGGGCCUGCGCCCGCACGCCUGCCCGCUGUGCCCCAAGGCCUUCCGCCGGCCGGCCCACCUGGCCCGGCACCUGCGGGGCCACGGCCCUCAGCCGCCUCUGCGCUGCGCGGCCUGCCCCCGCACCUUCCCGGAGCCGGCCCAGCUGCAGCUGCACCUGGCCCAGGAGCACGGCGGCGGGGGGGAGCCGGCGGGGGCCGAGGCGCCGGGGAGCCAGGAGCCCGCGGCGGAGCCGGCGCCCGCCGCGGGCCCCGCCGAGGACGCCCAGGAGGAGGCGGCCGAGCUGGCCCGGGCGGCGGCCGGCCGCGGGGAGGAGAAGGAGGUCCUGCUGCAGGCCGACUGGACCCUGCUGUGCCUGCGCUGCAGAGAGGCCUUCCCCACCAAGGGGGAGCUGAAGGCCCACCCGUGCCUGCGGAGCUCGGGGGGCCGCGCGGGCCCCGACGGGGAGCCCGGGCCCCCCCCGCGGCCCAAGCGCCACCAGUGCCCCGUCUGCCUCAAGGCCUUCGCCAGGCCCUGGUCGCUGUCCCGCCACCGGCUGGUUCACUCCCCGGACCGGCCCUUCGCCUGCCCGGACUGCGGCCUGGCCUUCCGCCUGGCCUCCUACCUCCGGCAGCACCGGCGGGUGCACGGCGCCCUGAGCCUGCUGGCGCCCGCGCCUCGCGCCGACAAGGAGGAGAGGGGCGUGGCCGGCGCUUCCAAGGGAUGGAACUUUGCCAAAGGGGCAGAAUCCCAGGGGCAGAACGGAGAAGAGGGCGGGGGGCUCCAGGGAGAAGCGGGGCCCGGGGAGGACCCCCCCCCGCCCCCUCCGCCGCCCGUGGAGCCCCGUUUCCGGUGCCCGGAGUGCGGCAAGGGCUUCCGCCGGCGGGCCCACCUCCGCCAGCACGGCGUCACCCACUCGGGAGCCAGGCCCUUCCAGUGCGUCCGCUGCCAGCGGGAGUUCAAGCGGCUGGCGGACCUGGCCCGGCACGCCCAGGUGCACGCGGGGGGCCCCGCCCCGCACCCCUGCCCCCGCUGCCCCCGCCGCUUCUCCAGGGCCUACAGCCUGCUGCGGCACCAGCGGUGUCACCGGGCCGAGGUGGAGGGGGCCCUGAGCAGGGCCGCGGCCCCCGCCGAGGAGGCGGCCCCGGCCCCGGCGGAGACAGUGGACGACCCCCCCUCGCCCCCCUCUCCCUCUCGGAGCCCCCCGCCCGCCCCGGCAUACCUCAGCGCCUCCUGUUUCGACAGUCAGGACCACUCAGCCUUCGAGCUGGAGGAGGAGGAAGAGGGGGGCCUGGGGGGGACAGAAAGGGUGCCCUCCUGACAGCAGAAUCCCCCGCCCCGUGUUUUAUGGCCGCCCCGUCCCCUCUGCCCCCUCUCUGGAAGAAAGAGCAAGAUUGAGGUGAGG